GGAAGUAGAGAGAAGACAUUGUUGGAAGUGGCAGCAGAGGAGGUGUUAUCAAAAUUUGAGUGACCUUACCAUAGACUGGGUAUUGCCUGACUGGAGUAUUGAGAUUCCAAAUGUCUGCUGGUGAUCAUUGCAGUAUCAAGGUGUUAUCAAAAUUUGAGUGACCUUACCAUAGACUGGGUAUUGCCUGACUAGAGUAUUGAGAUUCCAAUUGUCUGCUGGUGAUCAUUGCAGUAUCAAGGUUCCCAAAUACUGACAAAUUUCAGAAGAAUUAAGAAAAUUUUACUGCACGUGACUUAUCCCUCGGAAUAUUCCUUUGGAAAAUGUAAACUUUGGAUCAAGCUAUACUGCAUUGAUAAUCAUCAUUUUCUAUCUAAACGUGUUUCAUUAUUUUGUUUAUUGGAAACCUAAAAAUCCUAUUCAUAUUGCAUUGUAUUAAGUUGUUUAUCAGACAAAAAUCUCUCAUUAUGCCUUCUUGUAUUGUUAAAAAAUGUAAUUCUUAUCUUAAAAUAAAAGAGGGAAAAAUAAUUUUACAUAGCUUUAAAAAAGACAAAGUACGUAUAAAGCAAUGGCUUAUGAGUACCGGUCAGUAUGAUGAAAGCAAUGUAGAGGCGACAGUUGAGAAAAUAUGGCUAGGUAAACAUAAUAGUUCACAUAGAAUAUGCUCAAUGCAUUUUUCAGCUGAAAUGUACCACAAUGUUGAUGGAAAAAUGAAAUUGAAAAAAGACGCGUACCCCAGUAUAUUUCCUACGGGUACCUUGAGUAGUGAUUUUGAUGAUGACCAGGGAAGAAAAAAGAAACUUUGCACCGAACAGAACAGAGAAAGUUCUUUAAAUUUGAGUAAUCAAAAAUGCAAUGACCGUGACGCAAGCGGAACUAUUUCAUCUCCCUCAAGCAUGCAAACUGAAAAUCCCUCUGUAUCUAGUGCAGGUGAAGCCAUGUCAGAAUUCUCCUGUAUUACAGAAAAUUCAAAUUUUUCAGAACCUACUACCUCUCAAAGUUUUUUCCGGUCACAUAAAAAACGUACAUGGUCUAGGGGUGUUAUGACCGAUUUUUAUACCAAUACUAAAAAUAAAAAAAUUGGAACAUUACCGUUCUUUGGUUUCCAUAAUCAAAACAUACAGUAUUGUCCACAGACACAAGAUGUUGGCAUACAGUGUGAUCUGUUCAGCUCAUUAAAAAAUAAAAAUAUUGAUUUAACAAAAGAAAACCAGAAAAAAAGCAUACCAGACAAAAACAAUGACCUACUAAUUACAGAUGGAUUGCAAAGUGGGACUCCAAUGUCAAUGAUUUGCAGCCAGGAGUCAUCAGUAAAUAUUGACGUGGAUGACAAUGAUGUAUCUUCCAAUCCUUCCAAUGAUUCCAGCAGAGAAAAUAAAGAAAACUUUUUAGGUACUCCGCAUGCAGAUACAUUUUACAAACUAGAGACUUCUAAAUCAACAUCUGCAUUUUCUGGUUCUGAUUUUGCAAAGGAAAGAAAAUUUUUAGUUUUUGAAAGUUGUCUGGAUAAUCUAUUGGCCAUGGUGCCCUGCAAGUUUGAGAAUUGCAAUGCUUCCAUUACAAAAGUUAAAAAACACCUGUGUGGUUCUUGCCUGUCGGUUUAUGCGAUUUGUAAACAAGGUCAUCGCUUUCUACUUUGGCAAAGUCAGCCUAAGAUCGGAAACCGUCCCGUAGGCGAUGUUUUAAUUGCUAGUUCAUCUCUAUGCAGCGGAUCUAAUUUUCUGAAAAUAGAAAGUUUUCUUAAACUACUAGGGAUGAUGUCCAUUACCAAAACCACAUAUUACGACUAUCAGAAAAACUACUUAUUCCCUGCGAUCAAUUACCAUUGGAAAUUAGAUCAAAAUAAUACAAUAUCCCAACUAUCUGGACAGGCAGUCUGUUUAUUGGGUGACCGACAAUGUGAUAGCCCUGGUUCCAAUGCCAAAUAUUGCACCUAUUCUUUCAUGGAAGCAAAAACCCAAAAAAUAGUUGGCUUUGCUGUGGAACAACAAACACUGGGUUCUAUUUCCAUUGGUCUGGAGGGCAAAGCCUUUGUGAAAGCACUAGAUGAGCUGCAAGACAAAGGGCUAAAUGUCCGUAUUAUUUGCACAGACAGGCAUGUUACCAUUAGAGAACUACUACAAGAAAAAUAUUCCAACAUUCUACAUCAGUUUGACGUCGGACGUAUGGCAAAAUCGGUAGAGGCAAAGCUUAGCGCUGCUAGUAAAAAAGAAGGCUGUUCUGAUUUGGCACCAUGGAUUCCAUCCAUAAAAAAUCAUUUAUGGUGGGCAUCAGCGAAUUGUGAGCACAACGCUUUAAAAUUAAAAGAACAGUGGUGUUCGGUAUUAUGUCACGUGAUCAAUGUUCAUCAAUGGCAUGGAUGUGAACACUACAAAGAAUGCAAGCAUUCCCCAAUUAGUGAAACAUCCAAUAUAACACGGAAAUGGUUGAGCGAUGGAUCAUGUGCCUACAAAGAGCUGAAAGACAUUGUUCUAAGAAAAACAUGGCUUAGAGAUAUCAAAAGACUUACUUUAUUUUGCCACACAAAAAAUCUAGAAAUAUUCCAUAGCACGGCAUUAAAAUACAAACCGAAAAGAAAUCAUUUUUUUAUUGAUGCUACGGUAGCAAGGACACAGCUGUCUAUCCUUGAGCACAAUUCAAAUUUGCAUGAUACUUGUUCAGACCAAAGCAAUAGUGACCAAACAAAAACGGUAGGGUACAGCAGUCAGUACAGUAAGGCAGGAGGUCAAUGGAUUUUAAGGGUUGUAUAUGAAGCACGUCGUCAAGAUUUUGUGUACAACAUAUACAACCAUAUAUUUUCUGCUCUCAAAGGUGAACUUCAGUUUCAGUGGACUUCACCAAGUCAUCUUUAUCCCAAAAAUGAUUGCCCCUGUUGACAAACCAUCGUCAUAAGAACAAAAGCGACAAUAUCAUUCCAGAAUGUUGAGAAUGUAUUCAUUUUUUUUAUGGGUAAUGCUUUUUCUUACCAAAAGAUUGCGUGGAAAAUACUUUUAUAUUCCUUUAUAAAUAAUAACCAAUAUGGAAAUUUUUGGAUGGUCUAUGGAGACCAUGAUUUUUUUAUACUGAUUAAACCACUUGUGUAACUCCCUUUUUAUGGUUAGAAAUCUAAAUAUUGAGGGUGAAUUGGUGUAAUUAUGCUUGAUAUAAUAUAUAUAGGAAAGAGAAUGAACCAUCUCUACUCCAUCUUCUAAACCAGCAUCCAUGUUGUGUAUAUUAGCAGAAUGGAUUUAACUUGUAUUCUGCUUUUAAUGUUGAAAUGUUUUUCUCAUUUAUACUAUCUUUAUACUUCUGCAAGUUAUCUUUUCGUUUUAUAGUUCGAAGAAAGGAUUCUUUCCUUGACAGUUUUGUUGUGUAUUUGAUUGUACUGUUAUGAGAACAUGUCUGCAUACAACCUUGUUUAUGUAUACUGACAUAUUAAAGCUUGCAACUACUGUGUGACCAGAUUAUUGCCUUGUAAUGCUUGUAAAAUCUUAUAUAAGCCAUGAUAAAAUACAUCC